CCGCGCGUCGCGGCCGGGCCCCUCCCGGCUGCCGUAGGUGGCACGCGCGCAUGGCCGCGCCGCCGCAGCGAUGGCGGCCGCCAGGUACCGGCGGUUCCUGAGGCUCUGCGAGGAGUGGCCUGUGGAGGAGACGAAGCGGCAGCGGGACCUGGGCGCCGUCCUGCGGCAGAGAGUGGCGCAGGCCUUCCGCCAGGGCGAGAACACGCAGGUUGCUGACCCUGAGGCCUGUGACCAAAUGUACGAGAGCCUGCUCAGGAUCCACACCAACUACUACAGGAACAAGUGCACUGCUGGUAACAUCUUCUGCUCUCUCUCCUCCUCUGACUGCCCUGUGAAGUACCCACGGCUGAAGGACACCAACUUCACUGGAGUGACAGUAGAGGACUGCAGGAUGAUACUGGCCACAGACAUCCUGAAGCAGAUGGAAGAGAUGAAAAAAGGGACAUGGAGGAAGCUGAGAGAAAAGUUCUCUGCCAAGAAACCUGAGGAGGACUCGAAGUGAGAGGCAGCCCCCAGCUGCCACUGUACAUAUGUGCAAGGCUCUGUGUGGCCAGGAGGAAUAAAGCAUUGAUUGCUCUUA